AGUCGUCAGUCUCACACUAACUGCAACUUCCGGUGGCCAUGUAUCGAAUCGCUUCAAACUUAGCUUCCUCCUUGGCCUCCUCUACUUCCAAGAAGCUGGUCUGCGGUAGGGUUGUAUGCAAUAGGAGCUAUGCGGCCCAAGAUCUCACCUUGGAGAUUGGGCCACGCGCCGCCUUGUUUGAGGCUGCCAGGUUCACCGUGGCCGCUCUGGUGCAACGCGUCUCUGAGCUCGGGGAGGCCUUCAGAGUUACGACGGGGUCAAAGAAUGUGAGCGAAAGACUUGCGGAACAGGUCGUCACAGCUGAUGCAGGUACAACUUCUGCAGCUGUCUUGACCCAGGCAACACUCACAGAAGGUUGCCACUCCGUAGGUGCUCAGGUUCCCUCUAUUUUUGCAAAUGGUCAACAAGAGAUUGAAGAGAUCUUAGCAAGGCCAUCGGAGAACUUUGAAAAGAAAGGACAUGUUUCUUCCCUCAAAGAUACCGGUAUUGGGGAAAAUAGGAGAGCCAGUUUAGAUGAUCUAGCCACCCUCACUGGGCGAGAGGUUAUAAGUGCAGAUAACAGUUUCAUUAUCGACAGACUGCUCAUGUCACCCACAUUAAAUCAAUUGAUUCGUCAUAAUAGAACUGAGAAAAGUCGCACGAACCGUAAUCGAGCUUUGGAUAAAUGCCCCCAAAAGCAAGGAGUAUGCCUGCGAGUUUUUACAAGAACACCCAAGAAGCCAAAUUCAGCUCUCCGUAAGGUGGCCAAAGUAAGGCUGAGCAAUCGAAAUGAUGUAUUUUCUUACAUUCCAGGUGAAGGUCAUAAUUUGCAGGAACAUUCUAUGGUCUUAAUAAGAGGGGGCAGAGUGAAAGAUUUGCCUGGUGUGAAAUUCCACUGUAUCAGAGGAGUUAAGGAUUUGCUUGGACUUCCAAACCGAAGAAGAGGCCGAUCAAAAUAUGGUGCAGAAAAGCCAAAGAGCGCCUGAAAACAGCCUCUGCUUUUCCCUUUCGUAUUUGAUGGUGUUGCUAAAGUCACUCAAUACUAUAAGAAAGCUGGUGAAAUUUGGAAAAUGGAGAUUUGUUGUGAUAGGAAUAACAAUGUGCUAUUCUUUUCAAAAGUUUGGAACAGUGAAUUUGGAAUCUUUGAGUAGUACGAGGUUCAAACGAUAAAUUUUGUGUAGGAAUUCUUCUUGUUUUGUAUGGUUAAUGUAGUUGCAAUGAUACCAUUUCUCUGUUGAUAUUCACCGCAGUCUAAGUCGCUUACAUUGUUU